AUGAAUACAUAUGCUAGAUUGCUGCUACGACUACAACCAAAUGGUCGACAAUUGAUUCAACAGCAGCAACAGACUCUUCCAACAGUCGUAUCUACAAUAAGAAAAGCUAGUAGUGGUGGAACACUCGAAUAUGAUUCACCGAAAGCUUAUAAACUUCAUAUGCUUGAACAAGGACCAAGUACUCAUGUAUCGUGCAAUCGAGAAGAAGGUUUAGACUUUUAUAAGAAGAUGCAGGUCGUGCGUCGAAUGGAAGCAUCCGCUAAUAACAUGUAUAAGUCGAAAUUGAUUCGAGGUUUUUGCCAUCUCUAUUCAGGACAAGAAGCUGUUUGUGUCGGAAUGAAAGCAGCUAUGGAUAAAAAUGAUUCAUUGAUCACUGCGUAUCGCGCACAUGGUUGGACUUAUAUGAUGGGCGUGCCUGUCACGGGUGUCUUAGCAGAAUUAACAGGUAGAAAGACCGGUUGUGCUGAAGGACGGGGUGGAAGUAUGCAUAUGUAUGCACCUAAUUUCUAUGGUGGUAACGGUAUUGUUGGAGCUCAAGUACCUCUAGGCGCUGGCGUUGCUUUUGCCCAUAAAUAUCGUGGAGAAUCGAAUGUUUGUAUCGCUUUGUACGGUGAUGGAGCUGCUAAUCAAGGACAAGUCUUCGAAGCUUUUAAUAUGGCUAAAUUAUGGUCAUUACCAUGUAUUUUUGUCUGCGAAAAUAACGGCUAUGGUAUGGGUACGAGUACACAACGGGCAAGUGCAAAUCCAAAUUUCUAUACUCGGUGUGAAUAUAUUCCGGGUAUAUGGGUUGACGGUAUGGAUGUCCUUGCUGUACGCGAAGCCACAAGAUUUGCACGAGACUGGUGUACGUCUGGAAAAGGUCCCAUGAUCAUGGAAAUGGCAACAUAUCGCUACUUUGGUCAUUCAAUGUCUGAUCCUGGAACAAGUUACCGAACUCGUGAAGAAAUUCAAGAUGUUCGAAAAAGUCGUGAUCCGAUUACAUCAUUCCGAGAGAAAGUUGUUCAAGCUAAUUUGGCUACUGAGGAAGAAUUCAAAAAUAUUGAUAACGAAGUGAAAAAGAUCAUUGAAGACGCCGAAAAUCAUGCCCAAAACGAUCCGGAAUUACAUGUGGAUGAACUUUACUCGCACGUAUAUUCGAAUCCUCCACCUGGUUUCAAGAUUCGCGGAUGUGAUAAUUUUACAUACAAAGACAUCAACAAAUAA